UCUCAUCCUGUCUCUCAUCAUGUCUCGGUGUCUCUCCGUCCUGCUGCUGCUGGCCAUGGCCUGCCUGGCCCAGUUCAGCUCAGCUCAGCCCGUCGACAGCCAGGCCGAGCUGAAGAAGAUGCAGGCCACCCUGGAGGAGCUGAAGACCGAGAGACGAGCGAUGAGUGAGCGUCUGGAGGUGGCUGAGAGGGAACUAAGCAGAUACAAAGAAACACCUAAAAUUGCUUUCGCUGCCUCACUGGGAGGAAACGGCCUCAUGAAGACGACAACUGGCAACAAAGACCUCAUCUACAAAGACGUCCUGACCAACGUGGGCGGGGCUUAUAACAGUGAGACAGGUGUCUUCACAGCACCAAUUCGUGGAGUCUACUACAUCCGUUUCACGGCUAACGGCCCCACCAACUUCCCAAGGAGCGCCGUACUCUACAAGAACGACGUUGAGAUCCAACUGAUCGCCCACGAGCAGCCGUCCGGCGAGGGCAGCGACACAUCGUCUAACGGCGCCACCCUGCUGCUGGAGAAGGGCGACAAGCUGAAGAUGGUGCUGUGGCAGAACACUCAGAUCUGGGACAACAGCAACCAUCACAGCACCUUCAGCGGCUUCCUGCUCUUCUCCAUGGUGGACGAAGCUCCGACAGAGUUUGACGCUGAAGCCGAGAUGAGGACUCUUAAGGCUUCGCUGACGCAGAUUCAGACAGAAAACCAGGGAAUCAAAGAGAGACUGGAGACCACAGAGAGGGAGCUGAAGGCCAUGACAGAGGUACCAAAGGUGGCGUUUGCAGUUUCUCUGGGCGGUAAUGGUCUUACAAAGACCACGUCAGGAAGCCAAAGUCUCAUCUACAAAACCAUCCUGACCAACAUCGGACAGGCGUACAACACUGAGACAGGUAUUUUCACAGCACCUACUCGUGGAGUCUACUACAUCCGCUUCACAGCCAACGCUCCCACCAACUUCCCCAUGAGCGCUGUUCUCUACAAAAACGGCGCCGAGAUCAUGCUGAUCGCCCACGAGCAGUCAUCCGGCGAGGGCAGCGACACGGCGUCCAAUGGCGCCGCCCUGCUGCUGGAGAAGGACGACACGCUCUCCAUGCAGCUGUGGCAGAACACUCAGAUCUGGGACAACAGCAACCACCACAGCACCUUCAGCGGCUUCCUGCUGUUCCCCAUGUGAGGACCAACUGACAAACACUGACACUGCUGCUUUAAACGUUCACCGCAACUCGCUGUGAAGACCUCUAACCAUCAUCUGAGAGGAGGAGUUAUUUCUGCUGUACAGUCAUGUGCACGUAACAUCACCAGUGAGACCUCAACAUGUCCAUUUUUUAAAAGUUUGACUGGUUAAACUUCUCUGCAAAGGAGCUGUAAAGUCCAAAUAAAAAAUGAAACCAG